UUUUAGCAUUGUUUGUCAUUUGGAUUGAAAUUAAAUGCAAAACAAUCUCGGAAAUCAAGUAAAUAUCUAUUGUUAAUGUACCCUUAGAAUUGAACGUACGUUGAAUAUGUUAAAACUGAUUUUGGAAUUAGAUCCUGUAGCAAUUGGAUGAUAAGGCCUUCAGAAAAACAUUUAUUCUAGCUCAUCUUGGACAUGCAGAAAUAUGGAAUUUGAAGAUGGUGAAUCGCAAUCGGGAACAGCCAAAGCAAAUGAAAGUUUAGUUGAUAUACAACAACUCGAAGCUAGAAAGGAUGCGAUUAAACGUAUCAUAUCGACUCAUACCAGUGAUAACGAAUUGCGAGCAUUUAUGACCAAUCGCGCUAUGGAAACAAAAUUGGAACGCCGCAUUAAGUUGUUGGACCGUGAAGAAAAACUAAUCGAGCAACGAUUUAUUCACAAUGAGCGCUUGGUUAAAGCGAGGUCCAAAGAGUUAAUGGGGGCACCUCGAGCUAAAUCUGCAGUGGUAUUACCACGAAAAGAAAUAUCUACAACUAACGGUCGCCAACAAAAACGUCGUUAUUCAGUAACAUUCCCAUUGGAUGCAAAAACGUUUACACUCACCUCUUUGCCGAAACAGUUUGAGGAUAACCAAACGCGUGACAAAAGCACACCAACCGAACGUAUUGAUAAAGUCCUCCAACAAAAGAAGAUCAAUAAAGUCAAAAGAACAAAGACGUCAGUGUACCUUCAUCACCAGCAUAAUGCAAUGUUUCCUACGGUAAAUGCCAAAAAUGGAUCAAAUGACAUUCAAGACCUCGUUAAACAUUUUGUGGAACAUCAAAUUGACUUCAAUACUACGUGUCCUGUCCCUGAUAAGAUCAAAACUCAAUCGGAGGAAUCUCGCUUCCAACAGAGUGUACUUAUGAAAGAAACUAAAAGUGUUCGCCUCUCAAAGUGUAAAUCGUACGCAUUAAGAUCGCUCAAUCGUCAAAAAUUAACGGAUCGAGAUUUGCCUGAUACAAAAUCUAAAGAAGGUCAUAUUUUGAAAGAUAAAUCUCUCCGAUCAAAGGAUCUGAGAAAACAAGGCACGACAGAUUUACCAAACAACAUUGGGCGUAGUAUUUUAUCAAAAAUAGUUCCUAAUGAAGAGAAAAAUCUAGAGCCAAUGAGAGAUCUAUCUAAAUAUCAAAUCUUAUUGGACGCCAAUCGCCCUAGGGAAAUAUACCUCAAAGAUUUGUACAUAGAUGGCUCUACAUACAGUCGGGGUAGCAGUGCCUGCGAUAGGUCAAGGUCGAGUUCAGGUCGGAUGUCAAGGACGGUCCAGUGGGCUAAUAAAUGUAUGGCUAAGUUCGAUGAUACAAAAGAAUAGCCUCCUGUGACAAUACUACACCCACCUAAAUAAGUUUGGCCACCAGAAGUCCCUACUUGAAAUCGUGUUCAAUCUAUUCAUAUUGGACAAAAUAUGCAAAACAUAGUAAAAACCACGUGCUUCCUGUUUCGACCAUCUUGAGAAUUUCACAUUUACCAUAGACCUUUUA